AUCCACCGUCUUCCGAUCUUCUUCGUCGCUUUAUUCUCUCACGGGCUUAGCUCUCUCCUACGUUUUCGAAUCUACUUCGUCUCUCUCAUACACUCGCUCUCUUCCCUUCGCAGGCGACAGCUUCUUGGCAGCCCAUCUUCGCGGGCUAUGGCUGCUCCACAACCCCCCUCAGGGAAGACAACUGAAGAUGUGGAGAUGAAAGAGGUUCUGGAAGCCCCUUCCAAUUCUGUUCCUUCCUCUGUUCCGUCUGUCCUACACCAUUUGAAGGAGAUAGCAUCUCUUAUUGAAAUGGGUACGUAUGCCAAGGAAGUGCGCCGCAUUAUGCGUGCGGUCCGCCUCACAAUCGCGCUUAGGCGCAAGCUGAAUGCUCCGACGCUGUCCACGUUCCUCUGUUUCACACUCAUCCCAGGUUCUGAUGCGCACUCGAGGCUCUCAUCCUAUGUUCCUAAGGAAGAUGAGCAUGAAAUGGAAAUUGAUACUGCAACAUCUGCAACUCAAGCUCCUGCUAAGCAUUCUCUGCCCGAGGUUGAGAUCUACUGUUACUUGCUUGUGUUGAUAUUUCUGAUUGACCAAAAGAGAUACAAUGAGGCUAAAGCUUGUUCCUCAGCAAGUAUUGCUCGCGUGAAGAACCUGAAUAGAAGAACUGUUGAUGUUUUAGCAUCUAGGCUGUACUUCUACUACUCGUACAGCUACGAGCUUACGGAUAGUCUUUCUGAAAUUCGACGGAACCUCCUUGCAUUACACCGGAUGGCCACGCUACGUCAUGAUGAGCUUGGCCAGGAAACUCUGCUCAACCUUCUACUCCGUAAUUACCUCCACUACAAUUUAUACGAUCAGGCGGAGAAACUGAGGUCAAAGGCACCACGUUUUGAAGCACACUCAAAUCAGCAGUUUUGUAGGUACCUUUUCUACCUGGGGAAGAUUAGGACCAUUCAGUUGGAGUAUACAGAUGCGAAAGAGAGUCUUCUGCAAGCAGCUCGCAAGGCCCCCAUUGCAGCCCGGGGCUUCCGCAUCCAAUGCAACAAGUGGGCUGUGAUAGUCCGUUUACUUCUGGGAGAGAUCCCAGAGAGAACUGUUUUCGUGCAGAAUGGCAUGAAGAAGGCUCUUAGGCCUUACUUUGAGCUUACUAAUGCUGUUCGAAUUGGGGACCUAGAACUGUUUCGGACUGUUGCGGAGAAGUUUGCUAGCACCUUCAGCUCAGAUCGGACCCACAGCCUCAUUGUGAGGCUGCGCCACAAUGUCAUCAGGACCGGGUUACGCAACAUCAGCAUCUCUUACUCCCGAAUUUCGCUGGUUGAUGUUGCCAGAAAGUUGAGGCUGGACUCUGCCAACCCUGUGGCAGAUGCUGAGAGCAUUGUGGCAAAGGCAAUCAGAGACGGUGCGAUUGAUGCCACGGUGGACCACACGAAUGGUUGGAUGGUGUCAAAGGAGACUGGGGAUGUGUACUCUACAAAUGAGCCUCAGCUAGCUUUCAAUUCUAGGAUCGCGUUCUGCCUGAACAUGCACAAUGAGGCGGUGAGGGCCCUGCGAUUCCCACCAAACUCCCACAAGGAGAAAGAGAGUGCUGAGAAGAGGCGGGAGAGGCAGCAGCAGGAGCAAGAGCUCGCAAAGCAUAUUGCGGAGGAAGAUGAUGAAGAAUUUUGAUGGUUGGAUUUUUGCUUUCCGUGCUUGCAGCCAGCCAUUGUUCUUGUUGUUUUUCUUGAUCCUUUCUUCUUUUCCUUAGAAAACUUAAAAAAGAAUGGUUAAGCUGCAUAGUUUGGGAAGGUGACCAUCUUCGUUGUCGUCGUCAUCAUCACCAUUCAUUUUGAUUUACGACUAAACCUGACAGACCUAUGUAUUGUAAUGCUUAUUGAAUUUUACUCCUCUUUUGGUUUUACA